AUGUCAGACUACGAGGAUGAUAUGGACAUUGAUGCCCCGCCAGCUCAUGAACCAGCAGCGUUCACUGCCGACAGUACAGACGUGAAGGGAAAGAGAAUUGUUGCUGAUUUGCCUGUUGAAGCGGGAGACAAUCUUCCCUGGGUUGAGAAAUACCGCCCUGAUACGCUGGACGAUGUCUCUGGACACCAAGAUAUCAUUGCUACUAUAAACAGAUUUGUCGAAUCAAACAGACUCCCUCAUCUCCUCCUAUAUGGCCCUCCUGGAACAGGAAAGACAUCGACAAUCCUCGCGCUGGCGCGACGGAUAUAUGGAUCGAAGAAUAUGCGCCAAAUGGUUCUAGAGCUCAAUGCAAGUGAUGACAGAGGAAUCGACGUAGUGAGAGAGCAGAUCAAAACUUUCGCUAGCACAAAACAAAUAUUCUCAACAGCGCCCUCGUCCGGCUCUGGCUUAGGGGCAUUCAAGCUAAUUAUUCUUGACGAAGCCGACGCUAUGACUUCUGCUGCACAGAUGGCACUGCGUCGAAUAAUGGAAAAGUAUACCGCCAACACCCGAUUUUGCAUUAUUGCAAACUAUACCCACAAGCUCUCUCCCGCACUUCUGUCCCGAUGCACGCGGUUCCGAUUCAGUCCAUUGAAGGAGCAGGAUAUCAGGAAGUUGGUUGAUACCGUCAUAGACAAGGAACAAGUGCAGAUACAGCCAGACGCCAUUGAUAGUUUGGUUAAAUUGAGCAAGGGAGACAUGAGGCGAGCUUUGAACGUUCUUCAAGCAUGUCACGCGAGCAGUAUGCCACUUCCUUCGAAAAAGGGCGAGGCUAAUGAAUCUCCGGAAGAGAGAGAACUCAUAACUGAAGAGACGAUAUACACAUGUAUCGCUGCUCCGCAUCCAACUGACAUCAGAACCAUUCUAGAAACCCUUCUGUCAACAUCAGAUGUGACUUCAUGUUUAAAUACUGUACAGACGCUUAAGUCCAACAAGGGACUGGCUUUGGCAGAUAUAAUCACCGCACUCUCGACGGAGCUUCAAAGUCUAGAAGUUCCUCCACAAGUUAGAGUUUCCUGGAUAGAAGGGUUGGCAGAUGUAGAAUGGAGGCUAUCAGGGGGAGGGAGUGAGGCCAUCCAGACAGGCGGUAUGAUUGGAGUUAUACGCUCAGGCUGCGAGUUGAUGGCAGAUAAAGAUAUAUUAAUGAAAGAAUAG